AAAGAUUCAAAAGAUUCAAAAGAUUCAAAAGAUUCAAAAGAUUCAAAAGAUUCAAAAGAUUCAAAAGAUUCAAAAGAUUCAAAAGAUUCAAAAGAUUCUAAAGAUUCAAAAGAUUCAAAAGAUUCAAAAGAUUCAAAAGAUUCAAAAGAUUCAAAAGACUCAAAAGAUUCAAAAGAUUCAAAAGAUUCAAAAGAUUCAAAAGAUUCAAAAGAUUCAAAAGAUUCAAAAGAUUCAAAAGAUUCAAAAGAUUCAAAAGAUUCAAAAGAUUCAAAUGAUUCAAAAGAUUCAAAAGAUUCAAAAGAUUCAAAAGAUUCAAAAGAUUCAAAAGAUUCUAAAGAUUCAAAAGAUUCAAAAGAUUCAAAAGAUUCAAAAGAUUCAAAAGAUUCAAAAGAUUCAAAAGAUUCAAAAGAUUCAAAAGAUUCAAAAGAUUCAAAAGAUUCAAAAGAUUCAAAAGAUUCAAAAGAUUCAAAAGAUUCAAAAGAUUCAAAAGAUUCAAAAGAUUCAAAAGAUUCAAAAGAUUCAAAAGAUUCAAAAGAUUCAAAAGAUUCAAAAGAUUCAAAAGAUUCAAAAGAUUCAAAAGAUUCAAAAGAUUCAAAAGAUUCAAAAGAUUCAAAAGAUUCAAAAGAUUCAAAAGAUUCAAAAGAUUCAAAAGAUUCAAAAGAUUCAAAAGAUUCAAAAGAUUCAAAAGAUUCAAAAGAUUCAAAAGAUUCAAAAGAUUCAAAAGAUUCAAAAGAUUCAAAAGAUUCAAAAGAUUCAAAAGAUUCAAAAGACUCAAAAGAUUCAAAAGAUUCAAAAGAUUCAAAAGAUUCAAAAGAUUCAAAAGAUUCAAAAGAUUCAAAAGAUUCAAAAGAUUCAAAAGAUUCAAAAGAUUCAAAAGAUUCAAAAGAUUCAAAAGAUUCAAAAGAUUCAAAAGAUUCAAAAGAUUCAAAAGAUUCAAAAGAUUCAAAAGAUUCAAAAGAUUCAAAAGAUUCAAAAGAUUCAAAAGAUUCAAAAGAUUCAAAAGAUUCAAAAGAUUCAAAAGAUUCAAAAGAUUCAAAAGAUUCAAAAGAUUCAAAAGAUUCAAAAGAUUCAAAAGAUUCAAAAGAUUCAAAAGAUUCAAAAGAUUCAAAAGAUUCAAAAGAUUCAAAAGAUUCAAAAGAUUCAAAAGAUUCAAAAGAUUCAAAAGAUUCAAAUGAUUCAAAAGAUUCAAAAGAUUCAAAAGAUUCAAAAGAUUCAAAAGAUUCAAAAGAUUCUAAAGAUUCUAAAGAUUCAAAAGAUUCAAAAGAUUCAAAAGAUUCAAAAGAUUCAAAAGAUUCAAAAGAUUCAAAAGAUUCAAAAGAUUCAAAAGAUUCAAAAGAUUCAAAAGAUUCAAAAGAUUCAAAAGAUUCAAAAGAUUCAAAAAAUUCAAAAGAUUCAAAAGAUUCAAAAGAUUCAAAAGAUUCAAAAGAUUCAAAAGAUUCAAAAGAUUCAAAAGAUUCAAAAGAUUCAAAAGAUUCAAAAGAUUCAAAAGAUUCAAAAGAUUCAAAAGAUUCAAAAGAUUCAAAAGAUUCAAAAGAUUCAAAAGAUUCAAAAGAUUCAAAAGAUUCAAAAGAUUCAAAAGAUUCAAAAGAUUCAAAAGAUUCAAAAGAUUCAAAAGAUUCAAAAGAUUCAAAAGAUUCAAAAGAUUCAAAAGAUUCAAAAGAUUCAAAAGAUUCAAAAGAUUCAAAAGAUUCAAAAGAUUCAAAAGAUUCAAAAGAUUCAAAAGAUUCAAAAGAUUCAAAAUAUUCAAAAGAUUCAAAAGAUUCAAAAGAUUCAAAAGAUUCAAAAGAUUCAAAAGAUUCAAAAGAUUCAAAAGAUUCAAAAGAUUCAAAAGAUUCAAAAGAUUCAAAAGAUUCAAAAGAUUCAAAA